CGCAGUUCUCGGUUUGGCUUUGCUGCUCCCGGAGGCCGCAAGUGUCUCCGCUGCAACCUGUGUGGCGCUGUUCCCUGCACUGGCCGCGGGAUCCGUAGGAAGGACGCCGAGACACCCCGGGAGCCGGGAAAUGGACUCAGUGGCCUUUGAGGAAGUGGCCGUGAGCUUCACACAGGAGGAGUGGGCUUUGCUGGAGCCUUCCCAGAAGAAUCUCUACAGAGAUGUGAUGCGGGAAACCAUCAGGAACCUGUCCUCUAUAGGAAAAAAAUGGAAAGACCAGAACAUUGAAGAUCACUACAAACACCAAGGGAGAAAUCUAAGAAGUCAUACGGUGGAGAGACUGUGUCAAAGUAAAGAAGGUAGUCAGUGUGGAGGAAUUUUUAGCCAGAUUCCAAAUCAUAAUCUGAGCAAGAAAACUCCUAGAGUAAAACCAUGUGAAAGCAGUGUGUGUGGAGAAGUAGGCAUGGGUCAGUCAUCCCUUAAUAGGCACAUCAGAGAUCACCCUGAACAUGAACCAAAUGAAUAUCAGAAAUAUGGAGAGAAGCCACAUACGCGUGACCAAUGUUGCAAAGCCUUCAGCUCCCACCACUCCUUUCGAACACCUGAAAUUAUUCACAAUGGAGAGAAACCCUAUGAUUGUAAGGAAUGUGGGAAAACUUUCUUUUCUCUCAAAAGAAUUAGAAGACACAUGAUAACUCACAGUGGAUAUAUACCAUAUAAAUGUAAAGUGUGUGGGAAAGCCUUUGAUUAUCCCAGUAGAUUUCGAACACAUGAACGAAGUCACACUGGAGAGAAACCCUAUGAAUGUAAGGAAUGUGGGAAAGCCUUCACUUGUGUCACAAGUGUUCGAAGACACAUGGUAAAGCAUACUGGAGAUGGACCUUAUAAAUGUAAGGUGUGUGGGAAACCUUUUCAUUCUCUGAGUUCAUUUCAAGUACAUGAAAGAACCCACACUGGAGAGAAACCCUAUAAAUGUAAGCAAUGUAAUAAAGCUUUUGUUUCUUCCCCAUCUUUACGAAUACAUGAAAGAACUCAUACUGGAGAGAAACCUUAUGCAUGUAAGCAGUGUGGGAAAGCCUUCAGUUAUCUCCCCUCUCUUCGAUUACAUGAAAGGAUUCACACUGGAGAGAAACCUUUUGAAUGCAAACAGUGUGGUAAAGCCUUUAGAUCUAUCAGUACCUUUCGAAUACAUGAAAGGACUCACACUGGAGAAAAACCCUAUGAAUGUAAGGAAUGUGGAGAAGCCUUCAGUUGUAUCCCAAGUUUUCGAAGACACAUGAUAAAGCACACUGGAGAGGGACCUUAUAAAUGUAAGGUAUGUGGGAAACCAUUUCAUUCUGUGAGUCCAUUUCGAAUACACGAAAGAAGUCACACUGGAGAGAAACCCUAUGAAUGUAAACAUUGUGGUAAAGCUUUUGUUUCAUCCACGUCUAUCCGAAUACAUGAAAGAAUUCACACUGGAGAGAAACCCUAUCAAUGUCAGGAGUGUGGGAAAGCCUUCAGUUAUCUAAAUUCCUUCAGAACACAUGAAAUGAUUCACACUGGUGAGAAGCCCUUUGAAUGUAAACAGUGUGGUAAAGCCUUUAGAUCUUCCAGUUCCUUUCGAAUGCAUGAAAGAACUCAUACUAGACAGAAACCCUAUGAAUGUAAGGAAUGUGGAAAAGGCUACUUUUGCCGUGCAAGCUUUCAAAAACAUAUGAUGGCACACUGGAGGUGGACCUUAUAAAUAUAUGUGGGAAAUUUGAUGUUCCAAAUUCAUUGCAAAUACAUGAAAGUACUCACACUAAAGAGAAAAUACUUUUUGAAUGUAAGCAAUGUGGGAAAGCAUUAAAUUGUGUCAGUGCCUUUUUAAUAUAUGGAAAAAAAUCAUACUGGAAAGAAGCCAUUUAAAUGUAAUUAGUGUGGGAAAGCCUUCAGUUAUCACCACUGCUUUUGAAUAUAUGCGAGCACUUACUGGAGGAGAGAAACCAUAUAAAUGUAAACAAUGUGGGAAAUCUCUUAGCUCCUUUUAAUUUUGAAUACAAGGAAGAAGUCGACUGGAGAGAAAACCUAUGAAUAUAAAGACUAUGGGAAAAUAUACUACUGUUGCAGUUACCUUCAAAGACAUAAAGAGCUCACGCUGGGAAAGAAACCCUGAGUGUACAACAUGUGGUAAAAUCUUCACUAGCUUCACUUACUAUCCAACACGUGAAAGAACUCACACUAGAGAGAAACACUAUAAAUAUAAGAAAUGUAGUAAAAGCUUCAGUUUUAGUUCCUUUCAAGUACAUGAAAGAACUCAUCAUGGAGAAAAACCAAAUACUUUUCAAAGGAACCCAUAUUUGAGAGAAAUCCUAUGUAAAGAACGUGGGAAAGGUUUUAUCAUCACACAGUCUUUCUAGCACAUAUAAGACUGCAUAGUGGAGAGAACCCCUGUAAAUGUAAGGAGUGUGGGAAAGUCUUUAGUCAUUUUAGCUCAAUUUGAAGCCAUGAAAGAACACAUAGAAGAGAAAAAGCUCUUGAAUAUAAGCAACGUCCCUAGGUCUUUAGUGGGCCCACAUGCUUACAACAAUAUGUAAAAAUACACACUGGAUCAAAACCCUCUAAAUGUGAAAAAUGCAGGAAGGUUUUCAAUUUUAACAAUACUUUCAAUGUCAUUUGAAAACGCCUAAUGUAGCAAAAUCUUAUAAUAUGAAAAGCCUCAUGCACACCAAUUCAUUUAUAAUGCUCCAGAAAUUAUACAACCUUAAAGAAAUAUAGAAGUAAUAGAUGGUGUUCAUUAGUGGCUCAUACUUAAAAUAGUUCUGGACUAUGGAUAUUUAAUUCUUACUCUCACAAAGAAACAUUGAGUUGAUAUAAUUCUGUAAGUAAUCUUAAAGCAUUGUGCAUGAGUUUAAUAGGAAGUGUUGUUUUAGGUCAGUUAAUACAAUUUUUGUCUUUCCAUUUUGAAGUGUGUAAUCCGUGUGUGAAUUUAAAUGUUAUUUCUGAUAUUCAGGUACGCUGAAUUUUUAUAUGGUUGUUUAAUUGUUCUGUGAUUGAGAGCUGUUGAAAAAAUAAGUCUUUGUUAAUAAAUGUUGGCAUACACCUACUGGCCUCAUUUAGCAAGUUUAUGAUUUUCUUACCUAUUAUAUACCAUUUUUAUGGGAACAACCAUUUUUUUUCCCGUGGCACAAAGAAGUUAAUUCCACUUUCCUUCCUAAUAAAGAGCUGGCUCCUAUUUGUAUGUACGAAAGCUUAUCAUAGACUAUAUUCUCAUGAAAAGUAUUAUUUUCAUCUGUUACCAUUUACUCUUUGUAAUUUAUUCUGGCUGUUAUUUAUAUACUUGAUUUUGGGAUAAGGAGCGAGCUGUGAUAGGACAAUAAAAUCUAAAAUGGGGGAUGCCA